AUGGCGAACUUCUGGCCAGGUCCUGCUGCCCAUUUCUCGCCCCAGGGUCCCGUUAGACCUCCAAAUUCUCAAAACCCUCAACCCCUAGUUCAGCAGCCGCCGCAACGUUUCGUGACGUUUCAAGGUCAGGCCCAAUCUUCGCUCGGACAGGAACGACUUUUCGGACAGGCGCAGGGCUUUGGUCAGCCGCAGGGUUUCGGACUGCCCCACGAAACGGGACACGUGGCAGCUUCCGGACAUGUGGGCGGUUUUGCGCAACCUCUUGCGUUCGGACAGGGUCUGGGUAUUGGACAGGCGGCAUACGGGCAGGUCCAACAAGGCUGCCUCCCGGGGCACUUAACCGGUCACGCCAUGCAGGCUCAGCAGACGGGGAAGAACUUCCCUGAGAAUCAGUGCGGGGGUCAAUUGCUUGUGGUUAACCCCCUCGCGGUCGCUCAACCGGCCACCCCUAACCACUUUGUUUCGGUCCAGACCGGGACGGUGUUUCCUAACCCUGGCACAAACACCCCGGUUCAAAACGCACCUAUGCUCGGUAACCCGGGUCAGUUGCUCCAGCUUCAACCGGGGGUGGUGCUCCCCAAUCCGGGUCAAGGUCUCCCGGUCCAAGGGAUAAACGUCUUUCCAAACGUGUAUCAAGCUUUUGCGGGCCAGGCUCAAACCCCGUUCUCUUUCCCGGUGGCGGGCCCCCGACCUGUGACGCCUCCCAAUUCUCAUCUAGUAGCAGCCUUGGGCAAACCCAGUCCGAUUCUCCCCAGUUCGAGUAGCUUCCCCCAGAGGCCAGUCCAGCCGAAUAGUCCUUUCCAGAGAGCUGUCGGGGGGAGCUUCCCGGGGCACGCAACGCCGCAAGAGCAACCCCCCAGCACACUGACAGUCAGACGGCCGUGGCAACAGCGGUGGCGCGGGAUGGGCAAGCAGUGCGAGGAGCCGGGGUGCAACUUCUUUGGGGGACGCAAGGCGAUGGCCAAGCACCGCUUUCAUAACCACGACGAGGUACCGACCCCGCCCAAAGCGCCGGUGAGCAAGGAAGCAGGGGAGAAGGCGCUCAGGUGGCGGGAGGACCGCAAAAAGUGCUUCCCAACAGGGGCCAAUAUCCAGAAAAAGUUGGCGGAGGGCGCCGCGCGCUUGGCCCGCGGCGAGCUCGACCUGGAAGUCGACAGCCGCAAAAGACGGCGGCACCUGCGGCAGCUGGUCAGCCGGGGGCAGCAACUGGGCGUUCCGGUGCCCGCAGGGCUGGAGCGUUUCCUCGAGGACGAUGCGACCGGGGGAAAGCCCCGAGGCGCGAAAGAAGACCGGGCGGCUGGCGGUGCGGCCUUGGACUGGGAGACGUUCUUCGGUCGAGUGCUGAAAGCGGAGGAAGGGGCGGAGAACGGUGGGGCGGAGGAGGGGGAGCUAGGAGAAGAGAGGGAAAUGCUGGAGGGGCAGAAAAAGGGGAAAAAGGGCAAGUCGAGCAGGAACAGGAAGACGCGAGAAGCUGCUGACGAGGACGGGAAGCGCGUGCCAAAGCGGGAAGCAGGCCCGUAG